GCACCCACACUGACAAGCGGAACCAAUCUCAGGCCUCCAGGUACUCCACAGGUGAGGUUUUCCAGACUGGCUCAAAGACUUCUCAAGGCUCUUUUUCACACUGCACCUUAUGGUCCCACGACAAGACUGCUAUCACCUCAGUCUCAAAGGAACACACAGAUCUACAUCACAGGUGUCGUAUUCGUGCGAGCAUGUCCCGCUCGGCAGCCAAGUCACGAGGGGAAAAGCCUAGGGCAGGCUCGGUACCCGUACCCCCUCCUCCACCCCCUUCGGCUCUGGAAGCAGUGGACAUAAUUCCCGGUCGCCUCACAGAGAACGCCUGGGUUGCUAUGACGACACAGGAGGAGGGGGAAGAGGUGGUGGCAGAGAUCAUAGCAGAUCUGAAGUCUACCGUCUUGGACAAAUGCUAUGAACAGUACAUCGAAAAACAGCUGGUACCAUACACUGCCUUCUGGGCUUGCAGCAGCCUGGUUGAAACAGUGGACUGGCUGUUCCUGGCAAGGGAUGAGGGGGAGAUGGCAGAGAGCGCCCCCUUGUGGGCGGAGGACUCCGAGGCUGUCACUUCGCCCUGUGACUCAUGGGCUGAAGGCUGUGUGCCAGUGCACUACUCCCGGGUCAGCUCACACACACCUCUACUCCAGCGCAAGUCUUGGUCGCCGAUGAGACAAGAUCUCAACAGGUUCCGGCGGGUUCCGACCCCAACAACGCCUCGGGGCACCGGGGAACCUGCCGCGACAGAGGAGAGUGACCCAGAGAGGCCUCCAGUCCACACGGCAACAUCUGAAACCACACAGAGGAGGACAUGGCAGGGCCGGCUGCCGCGCGCUCCCACAAAUGUGAGCCGGAGCCCAGGCAUCUCAAAAGACAACCUGCUAACCCAACCACCUCACCAUAGAAGGAGAACUGGCUCCCUUCAUAAGAAACUCGAUCCGUCCCUUUUCCCUGUGAGCUGUUACUGGCCCGAGGUGGAAGUCCUGGAGCCUUGCCCCUCGCUGCAGAGAAAUGGGGGGCUCACUGCCCAGUUCCAGCCCAACCAGCAGCACUGCAACAGGGGCACAUCGGCCUCCGUACCCCCCCGUGCCCACCACCAAGGGUUACCUAGUGUCCGGAGAAGGAGCGUCAUCCAUAAGCCUCAGCGGCCGAUCUUCCACGCUGGUGCCCAGCAGAACAGCUUCAAGCUGGGCUUCACCCCUCUGUUCGCCGGGCUCUCUCUGGACACCAUGGAGCUUGGCCCUGGAGUGAGCUUUAGGGACCCGACCGUGGGCCAGUCAGGCCCUGAAGGGGAGGACACAGCCUGGCUGCCCCCGAUGAAGCCAAUCAGAAGCAGCCUGUUGGAGUUGAAGCCAAUCAGAAGCAGCCUGCCACCUUUGUUGUGGUCCCUGGAUGAGGUAGUGACAGGGCACUCAGCAGGGGUCAGCCCUCCCACUAGCUGAAGGACUAGCUGGAACAUACUGCCACCCACUGCAAGGUCUAUCGCUGAAAUACAACACAUGGACUAGUAUACUUUAAAAUUAUGUUUGCUCAUUUUGAUUCAAAAAAAUAUGUUCCCUUGUGACCUUGCGUUGCAAUUUAAUAACAAUCCUUUUGCGUUCGUAAAAAAGGUCAACAUCUGAUCAUUAUAUGACACAUGCGAGCUGUUUACAUAAUUGCUUUUGACGCUAAAGCAAUCUUCAUUCCUGGGAAGAUCGUAACAUGCUGCCGUAGUGGUUCUGUGGGUUGAAUAUUGAUGUUCAGUAUGUGACCACAUAGCUGUGCUGUGGAUCCUAUUUUCAGUUUUUUUCACCAUGAGAACCCGAAUCAGAAGACGAAGAUGCUACACGCUGAGUUAAACCAACUCAUGCUUUGACCACAGGAAGUGACAUGAAGAUACAGAAGGAAAUCUGUAUUAUUGAGUGUUUGUCUAUUGGAACUGAGCCAGAAGGUGGAACGCCUUUGUCAUAGCCUACAUCCUAGUCACUGGCAUGUGACUGCAACUGUGUUGUUGGUAAAUAAUGUUCCGUUCACCCUGUGUUGUAUUUUAUUCUACCAGACCUAGUGAUCUGAAUGUAAAUAUUUGAUUUCAUGCAGAAAGUAAAUAUGAACC